AUGUCUUCUGUGGAGCAGUGCGUAAACGAUGGAAGGAGGAUUGCCACAAGGACGUACCGAAUCACCAAGGACUAUGGGGGUGUCAGAAUUGAAAUCGUCAAAGUUGAAAUAGUUUGUCAUGCAUAAAAUGCAGCCCCCAAUGUGCCUGUCUUGCAGAGUAGGCAAGUGAGGCAGAUUGUAAGCCUGUUGAGGGGUAGAAGCUGAGCUGCUAAAGUAGCAUGACACAAGGCGUCUUCCUUACCCAAACUGCAUGACGGGCUGGAUUUCGGUUCUACUCAAAUUUGUCAUGCGCCACUUGGAAACUGGGUUACAACUUUCGUCCAUUUUUUGCAUUGCAAGUUAUUUCAACUUUGUCGAUUUCAACCCUGACACAUCCAUAAGGACAAGAAAGGCGGAACUAUAUCUCCGGGAAAAAAUUGCAUGAGUCUUCAAUGUCAAGAUCCGCACAAUUUCCAAGAUGGAGAAGAAUACACGACACAUUGUCCGACUGACUGCAUCGGGCGGUGGGUGGCAACGGGUAUAUGCCGCGGCGACGGCGAGACGCUGAAGCUCACGUACAAAAUCGAUCGACAGAAGGCGCGUAACGGAAGAGACUGUCCAGCGGCCGACAACGCGGAAGAGUCUCUCGUUUGCCCGACUCACUGCCUGGGAGAGUGGAGGGACAGCGCAGACAAGAAAGAGUGCAGCCUCGACGAAAAUUGGCAGGCGAAAGUGCCGUUUAAAACCUACCAUGUCACGCGCGAAGCGCGAGCGGGAUCCGACGGCACUCUCGGCAGGGAGUGCGCACGGGAACAUGGGGACACGAUGGAGAAGGUCUGUCUCUCCCGCAACUGCCUCGGGACCUGGGACAAGACGGAAGAGGAUUUGCUAUCCGAGUGCACCGGCGACGGCGGGACGCGCACGCGAACCUACACAAUCACCCGGGAAGCGCAGGGUGACGCCGGGAAACAGUGUGAGGCGGAACACGGAGCACAGGACCCCAUCACCUGUCCCACAAACUGCAUCGGUAGCUGGGACUACCAAAACCUCACCGCUCUGUUGGCGAACGAAUGCGACGGCACCCCCAAGAACGCGGAGGGCUUGCAGAAAGAAGUCUUCCGCACCUACACGAUCUCCCGGGAGGCCAAACAUGGCGGAACGCCCUGCGACGCGGGGUUGCAGCUUGGCGAACAAGCAGCAAACAACACCACGCGACCGCCCGCAAAAAACAACACGCGCGUGUUCGCUUAUUGCCCAGUGGAUUGCGUGGGGAAGUGGGACUAUGACAGCCUCCAGGAUUUGAAGGCAAACGCCUGCACGGGCAACGGGGAAACUCUUUCACGCACCUACGUUCAAUCGCAACGUGCCAUCGGUGACGGUGCUAAGCCGUGUCCGUUCGAAGACGGACAGAAAGAAAACGCUAUUGGCAGCUCUUUCAUUGUCACUUGUCCGACGGACUGCAAGGGGAACUGGAACGUCACCGUGGCGGAUUUGUGCGCCGGGGAGAAUAUUAUCAGGCGCAAAGAAGUCGCACUCGUACUGUAACUGCAAUCCAAAUCCUGCAUGACCACUCGCGUGUUGUGUUACAUUACCGGAACAAUCCGCAUGAGAGAUGACAGACUAGUCCUUCUGAUUAAAAUUUGCCAAUUGCAAUUUCAUUUCCUAGUGUUACGUACUAUUGCGACACUUUUGCACUGGAUACGAACAAAGGGGGUGGAAAAGGCCCGAGUUUACGUACAAGAGCGGGCCGCUGCAAACGGGGGCGAGGAGUGUCUGAAUGCUAACAACACUGAAGGUAUUGCAAAUUUAAUUUGCAACAAUACUUCUUUUUAGAUAUUAAGCAUAUUAUGCCAUAGCAAUACCAUGAGAUUGAUCAUAGAACAUAGCGAAAGCCAGGCGUUGCCAUUGAUAAGCAGACUUAAUUUCCUGCUCCUCCACCUAGACUACAUAGCGUGACCGCCCUACUCAACACAAUGCUAGCACUAUGCGCCGCAAAAGUUAUGAUUCUGUGGAAGCUAGUCAUUGUGCAGAAAGUAUUUGCUGUGAGAGUUUUUGCCAGUAGUUCAUUUUUUCUGGCACAAUGCAUAGCGAUAGCCCGAGCCCGUCCUCGCGCAACUGCUACAGCAUGGUGCGGUAGUCCUCAUAGUAGUUGGUAGGCACCACGGUAGUUGUACUAGAGCAUUCACUGCUCAACUGGUUUCCUCAGCAAUUGUAGAUGACGUACUUCUAUCCUAAACACGGGGGAGAACAAGUUGUUUUGGCGAAAUAAACACCACACGACGUCGAUGAAAAAAGAUUAAACACGAUGCUCGUCUUCAGAGUCCUCUCUUGUGAAGAAGUAGAACGAGUCUAAAAAUCCAAAACAGGCAAGAUUAUCUGCGGCGUGGACCACGAUGCGACGGCUCCCACUGGGAAUCAUGGGAGUGGGAUUUCCCGCAAACUAUUACUAGGCUUUGCAAAAGCACCGCCCUCUCUGUGGCCUACUUCGUCUGCUUCGUAUGCUCCUUUUUAGUUUGACAAAAUAUAUAUUACGCUCAUCUUACUUGACAUUCUUCUUCUCGCAUCCAUCAAAAUCAAAUCAAAGAAGACGCGGCAUAAUUGGAGGUGCAGCAGUAUCAUACAACAUGUCGAACUCAUUGAUCCCGCGGGAUCCUAUGUUGUGAGUAGGAAGCAGUAUAUAGGGAUGAAGACGUAGUUGCAUCACAUGCUCAUCAUAUAUCGAGGAUGAUGCAUGAAAUCUUCAUAUGAUUUGUGGCACGAAGACCGCACCAGAGACGACGUGGCUUUUGCAGUGCAUACCUUCCUGCCUCGCAAACCGUGGGAAGAGUGCGACCCAUCGAUAUGGCGCUCUCAACUGUUACAUUCUCAACUGUUCCAUGAAUUUGUCAUGCAGAACUACCAUCAAGAUUCACACUGGAAAGCUGCUUCGCAUGACAAAUUUGCGAAGGGCUAAACAGCACCUAAAUCUGUGCAAAACUUGUAAUGCUAGACGUGCAACCUCUCCCCUUUCACUUUUGCAAUUCUUGCAUCACAAACCCAUGUAACAGUUGAGAAUGUAACAGUUGAGAAUGCCAUAAUCGAGCAUCUUGACUUCGAGCCUCCGCCGACGGUGGCAUGUUGUUGA